CCUGACCUCAUAAAAACCUCCCAAAGGCACCAAGAAGGAAAUCUCUAUAUCAUAAAUCACGCCAAUUAAUUUCCUUUUUAUUUCAUCCAAAGAAAUAUCACAGAGCUUUAUUUCUGACUUCACAAUGUCUUCACAUCAAUGACGUAACAUCCUCUCAACUCCUGCUGCUUAUGGACAACUCCUCUCCUUCCCAUAAUGGUAGAGAUUACCAGGCAGGAGAAUGACAAGCAAACAUCAAAGGCCCUCUUUUGGACACCGACUACUUUACGUAGUUAGGCACCAGAUUUGGUACGUGUAUAUCAAGGCUCUGUCACAGCAGCCAGUCGCUUACAGGCUUGGAGCACUGGCUUCCAGAAAGCAGCAAUAUGCAGAUAGCCACCAAUCGGCUACUAAAAUCGCCCCUCUGUCUCUAAUGACCUUGUGAUACCUCAUUUCUCAUCUCAAGUAGCGAACAGAUUAUGGGCUCUUAUCCAAGAAGUAGAGACAGGACAGAGACAGAGACAGAGACAGAGACAGAGACGGAAACGUAAUUUGAUAUGGCCAUGCUCUUGUAGGUCAUGAUCAUUAUUCCAAUUUGGAGUGCACGUUCUAACAAUGCUUCAGAAUAAAGCUGGCUUAUCAUUCUUUAGAAGGUCAUGAAUUCAUGAGCUUGACGAUUCUCAGACGCUGAACCUACCUUACUGUAUUCUUUUGUUCCAACAGAGCUGUUGCUUGAAUACAUUGCCCCUUACCUCCUUUUUGGCACAAUACACAAUCGUUCAAUUUUCCCCUCACUUUUUGUUUGCUAUUUUUACUGAAGAGACUCCUGUAACUUCUUAAGACUGGUUCAAGGCAAGUCCAAUCCCUCCCUCCCCCUUGUCCAGUUUGGAUGUACUACCCACCUGAGAAAGGUGUUACACAAGCUGUGUAUCUCGACUAUUGUAUUUUCUUCGGAAUUUCCACAAUAGCACAUUAAUCAAUCUUGAGGAGAGUCAUCUCCUCACCACCGCAGCGUCUCUUUGUUGUUCCAAACUCACCAGACACUUGGAAUUUCGUGUUGACAGAAUCAUGCUCUCAUCUUCCUGCUUCAAUUCCUUUUGUUCACCUUCACCCUCACUUUUGUUCACCUUCACUUCAGUACAAGGCUAAGCCAAGUUGGCAUGUAUAAGCGGUAUACCUUGCUGCCUGACAACCCUCACUAGGCACUGAUGCUCAACUAAUCUCUCAACAGCCCAAAAACUUCGCAGCCUCUCAGCCUCUCAACCUCUCAACCUCUCGUCAACUUUCGUCACCUUCUGCUUCUUGCUCCAUCUCAUUCCUUCUUCAUGAGAUUGAUAUAGGGGUACACCCUUUCCUCUGAGCACCCAAGGAACGAUUUGCGCAAUCUUUUACGCAGCAAGUGCGGAAGCAACGACGGCAUUGCCAGUAAGUACCUACAUAUUCCCCUCUUUUGCAAACUUCGAUCUCUAUCUACUCGUAUCAUGAUAUUUGGCGCCAACCCUCAUCUUCUUCCCGCUCCUACGAGGGACUGGUUGGUGUCAUGAAAUCACGUUUUAGUGACUUGCCUCUCCCUCUCCCGUCCACACAUGUCGAUCAAAUGUCUGACUACCUUUAGAUCGUAUCAUGGCGGAACCACCCGAGUACAUAUCAAUCGACGAUGAAGAAGAACCGAUGCAGAUCGACAAUGAGGAUGAUGUCAAAGUCAUCGAAAUUUUGGAUUUGAUCGACGAUGAAGAAGAACCCCAAAGCCCGGAAGCCCCUCAAGCACGUCGGUUCAGGCCUGGAAACUUUACGACUCGUACGCCAGAAAUCGCUCCUCAUUUUACUGAGCUGCCAUUUUAUAAAGUCCAUCGUCGUUAUAAUUUGGCACCAAAGAAAACUAUCGAGUUGUAUUCCGGGGAUUUCUUGAGGAUUACCAAGGUUCUAAGAAACAGCAAUACCUCUGAUAUUCUCUUGCACGGGCAUCUGUUGCGCAGGAACGUGAGAAUGGGAGGUUUGCUAAUCAAAAAAACCAACGAAGUCUGUUUCACGAAAGAAGUGGACAUAGAUCAUCCUGAGAUAGAGCGAGUGACGGAAGUUGUGUUGGUCCACUUCAAGAAGAUCCGAAAGUUGAUCGUAACCAACCGAGCUUUUGACGAGAACGAUGUCUUUCUCAGAUGUUGGAAUAAAGAUGAAUAUCUUGUCAGAGAUAACAAUGGAAGAAUAUUGAAGGAGGAUAGUCUAAAGGCGAUCAAAGAGAAUGCGCCAAUUGUAGCUCGAUGGCAAUUUAUUGACUACAUCUCUACGACGGAAAAGAAAUAUUCGUGGAGAAACAAUGUUCUCGAGCGCCUUGGCAAAAGCGAUAUUCCGGAUCCUGCUCUGCGGGUCCACGAAGCUAUUCAGUGGAACGACUGGAGAGAAGGACACCUCGAACAACAACCCGAAGCCCGCUCCAAAGAAGAAGGAGAAGUUAUUGAGAUUGACCCUGAACCUGCCUACUCCCCCAACAAGCGUAAGCGGCCAUCAGCUGACGGUGACGAGUCCCCGAACAAGAAGCAUGGCACCGAACGGUUGAAUGGUGUUCGCAGCAGUCUGGGUGCAAUCGAUCUGAACAGCGGGUCGCCUCAACAACCAGCUUCUCGUCCAGCUAAUGGAGGUUUAUUUGCAGUCAGGCAACGCAGCUCCGCAAACCUAGCUGGAUUCCCAGAUAUCAGACCAACACCAAGCCCUCCCGACCAGUCUUCAGCAGUCGUCAAGCGAACCAAUAGAUCUCUAGGACAACCAUUGGUAUACGGUGAUGCAUUUUGCGGCUCUGGGGGUACCACCCGCGGUGCUCUUCAAGCAGGCCUACAAGUUAAAUGGGGCGUUGAUUUUGACAAGUGGGCAUGUGCUAGCUGGAGAGAGAAUUUUCGCGGUGCUAAAUGUUACGAGAUGUCGGUGCAUGAUUUCAUGAAGAAGUCGAAUCGGUCACAACGAAAGAAGAUGGCAAUGCAAGUCGAUGUUCUCCACAUAUCCGCUCCGUGUCAGUUCUAUGCUAGAUGUAAAACUCGACCGGGUCCGAAUGAUGAGAUGAAUACGGCCAGUUUGUUCGCAAUAAAGGAUCUGGUCGGCCUAGCGAGACCCCGAGUUGUCACUUUAGAGCAGACGGAUGGUAUACUGACGGAUCAACAUCUGACUACGUUCUUUAGCGCCACUAUCCAUAUGCUCACUUGUCAGAAUUUCUCCGUUAGAUGGAAAAGAGUUAAGUUGCAGGAAUGGGUAAGUGUUUCUUAUUCUCGCACUAUAUCUUUUAUCUUUCUUCAUGCUUCAACACUAACAAAAACCAAAGGGCAUCCCCGCAAACCGAAACCGACUGAUUAUCAUCGCUUCCUGCCCAGGAGAAAUCCUCCCCCGAUUCCCAGCGCCAACCCACGGCCCCUCAGGCACCCAACCAUUCGUAACAGUCAACCAAGCUCUCUCAACAAUCCCCCACGGUGCCCCAGACCACAACACCCACCUCGUCGCCCUGCCCCUAGACAAACAAAAAACCCCUUGGAACGGUGAUCUCCCCCACAAAAAUACUAUAACCUGCGACGGAGGCCCGACCUCUCACCACCCCAACGGCCGCCGCAAGUUCACCGUGAGAGAACUCGGAACCCUACAGGGGUAUCCAAACAACCACGCUUUUGUAGGCUGUCGGACGAGACAAAUCAAACAAAUUGGGAAUUCGGUGCCGCCUAUCUGUGCGAGGGUUUUGUAUGAGGGGAUUCGAAGGACGUUGGAUGGGGUGGAUGGGGUGUUGAACUCGGUGGUCAAUCUUGAUGGUGAUGAUGAUGAUGAGGGUGAUGGGGAUGGAGAGGAGGAUUUCGUUGUUAUCCCGAGACCGAGGGAGAGAGUGGGACGACGACCGGCUCCGACGAGGUUCCCUGUUCGAGGCCUUGAAAUUGGGAGGAGAGACGUUCUGAGAGAUUUCGUGGGGAGAGAGAUGGCUCCUGUUGGUUUUGGUCCUGUUGGUGCUCUUGCUGUUGCGAGUACACAGAGACAGCCAAGUGUUAUUAUAGUUGACGACGACGAUAUUCCAAAUCACUCAAACGAUGACGAGAACAAGAAAGAGAACGACGCAAUUGUGAUUGAUGACGAUAUCCCUCGAACUCAUCAUUUAAACAACGCGAACGAGACGAUAAUCAUCGACGACGACGACGACAAGACGCCGGAACCCGAUCCUUUUUAUGUAUUCUGAAAGAUUUUCUCUUCCCCUUGAACAGCGACCGGGAGGGAAUAUGUGGGAUUUGUUCUGGUCUUCAACGAAAGGUUCAUUGAAGAGUUCCUGAUUCAUCUAUCGAAGCAACCCGACAAAUGAGGGAGAUUUGUAUGAGUACGCGAAAGAAAAUCUGGAGUCUGAGUCUGGGGUUUUCUCAUGUUUUUCUUUUUCCUUCACCAAAUCCGAGUUCGAGAUCGUGGCAGUGGUCAGAAUCAAAGUCUUUUGUACGUAUGAUGAAAGGAGGUUAUGGUAGGGGGUAGCGAGCAGAGAUGUUUGUUUAGAGAUACAAUACGUGUUCCAGGGGAGUGCAGGGGUUUUAGUGGGAUUACCUAUCGAUGUUCUUCUCUUUCUCUUUCUCUGUUAAGAUCUGAAGGAAAGGGGGAUGGGAGCUUUGUUUUUCUCUUUUUUUCUUUUUUUUUCAAGAAAAGAAAAGACAAGAAAAGAAAAGAGUAUAUAGUGUGCGAAUAGAGGUACGGAAGGCCUUGGGCGCUAGUACGGGGGGACAGGGGAAGAAGUGUAGUAUGCUGAUAGAUGAUGAAAUGAGA